GGCCCAACUUCCCGACCGCGAUGUGGAGAAGGCGGUGGCGGCGGACAAAGUCAUUCCAGAGGCGUAAACGGCUGGGCACCGAGUGCCGGGCCUGGGGAGGGUCUCAAGGGUUUCCACCGGACUAGCGGGGUAAGAAGAGGCCUGAGGACCGAGGGUGCACUGCCACAAGGAUGAAGAGGCUGUCGGAUCGAGGAACCAACCCCAACCUCCCCCGAACAAUAGACAAGCGGGAAGACGCAGCCGCGGCCGCGGCGCCUGGGACCAAGAUACGUGCACGCCCGGCUCCGGAGCGAGCAGGACCGGCUGCAAGCGGGGCAACGCCGGCUAAGUCGGAGAAGGGAGCCCCGCCACCCCCGGCGCUCCUCGGGCGGGAGGCGCGGCUCUGGAGACCUCCGAGCAGCCGUGGAGCACGAACCGAGCGAAGCGUUGCAGGCAAGGACGGCUGAAGGCAGCGGCCAGCUCCCGGGCGCGCGGGAUCAGCGACCAGCUCGGGCCGCCGCCGCCG